AUGAAAUGGAUGGAAGGUGCAAAACAAGGCAUUGUCGUGGCUGGUGGUCAAGGAAAAGGAAAUGAUCUUACACAAUUGUCAUCUCCUCAAGGAGUCGUUGUCGAUCAAUUGGGCACUGUCUAUGUGGCUGAUCGAGGGAAUGAUCGAAUCAUGCGUUGGCCUAAAGGAGCCACACAAGGAAGUGUCAUUGUUGGUGGAAACGGUAAAGGAGAACAAUCGAAUCAACUCAAUUGGCCCAUCGGUUUGUCAUUCGUUCGACAUGGGAAUCUCUAUGUCGUCGAUUGGGAAAAUCGUCGAGUACAAAAAUUCACUAUUGAUUUCAAUGCACAAGAGGAGUUUAGAAUUGGUCUUGAUGCAACUUGA